AUGGCCCUCGCUGCCCCCAGCACGGACCCCCAAGUCCUGAUCGCCCAAGAAACAAGCCCCGAACAAACCUUCCAAUCCUUCACCGCAAGCACAGCCUGGACACUCGGCACAGCUCUGCGAACCCGGAUCCUCUCUUUGCCAGAAGGAACCCGCAAGCCCGCCUUAAUCUCCAUCGCGCUCGCAACCGCCACAAGUGGCGGAACCCCACUACACGUGGUAUUCCAAGCUGUGACAGAGAGCGGGACAAUCCCCGAUAACGAGAACUGGGUUCGUCGCAAGCGGAAUACAGUUCUUCGAUGGGGUGUUUCGAGCUGGGCGAUGCGACAGAAGGUUAUCUCUGGACUCGGGGCUUCGGCUUCUGCGAAUGAGGUUGAGAGUGCCUUUGUGAAGAAGUUUGCGCUCGCUAGUGCCAAUGGCGGUGCUGUUGCGGAUGAGUAUGCUAUUCAUGGUGGUGGAUACCCUAUUCGAGUUCGUGGGGUCGAUGGGGUUGUUGCGGUUGUUGUUGUUAGUGGGUUGAAGCAAGAGGAUGAUCAUCAGGUUGUGGCUGAUACUAUUAAAGAGGUUAUUGCCCAGGGUAACUAA